AUGACUGUUGUACUGGAUACGCAGCUCAACCUCAAAAAAUACAAGCCAAUAAAGGUAUCUGCGGAGCCAAAUGGGUUUGAAUCACAUAACAGUCUUCUCAGCUCAACUCUGACAAACGAUUCUAAUAAAUAUGAGGGACUGGUUGAGGAAACACAGGAGCUUCUGGACGCUCGGAAGUCGCUUGUCCACGAUCUCAAGUUAAGUAGAGAUCAGGCCCAUGAUCCAAAGGUUUCUAUGGAGCCUCGCUCUAAAUUCGAGCCGAACAUCCGCGAGGACAAAUCGUUUCAAAUCUGCAGGAAACGAGCGGAGAAAGUGAAGGCCAUCAUCCAAAGCUACUACGACUUUAUCGAACUCUAUCAAAAUACAGUGCAUUACGAUGACAGCGAUCCUCAGACUCCGCUCUAUGAAGGAGUUGAGGGAGUAUUCAACCCUUUGCAAAUUAUACGAAACCGACGUAUCAGAAAGAAAUACAACGAAAAGCUCACGACCUUUCCUCUAGGAGACUACAAGCCACCCUCAAGAGUGUUUAGCAAGUACAACAGGCAGCAUCUCAUUUGGCAAGUAAACCUGAACGAGUAUUACAACGAUAUCACUUGGAGAGAAAAGCACUGGCAUGAAUUGAAGAGACCAAACGGAGAGCUCUGGUUUCCUAAGCUAGAUAGUGCAAAACAGACCCCACAGAAAAAUAGGCGGCUGAAAAGCCUUCAUGAGCAACUGUUUGUUGGAUUUGAUGGCGAGUUUCACAAGGAAGACGAUGACAGCUCCGGGGACGAUCGACGUCUCAGUUCGCUUGCUCGUGUGAACGAAAGCUCUGCGUCUCUUGCUCGACUAGAGCACUAUCGAUUGAACAGUUUAAAACGCACUCCUGGCCAUACUAGAUCCUUGAAGAGUGACGAGGAUUUUGAUACCCCUUCUUCGCGCAAUUCAAGUAUAGAUAAGCUGAGUUUUCUUUUUCAGGGUGGAAAAUCGAGCGAAUCGCUGUCCCCAUCGCAUCCGACGGAAAGUGAGGAAACAGGAAACUGCGAUGAUCUCGCGGAUCAAAAAAGGAUGGUCAAAGGCCUCCAAAGCAAGCUUGCUCUUGCAGAGUCGAGGAUCCGCAUCGCAGAUUAUCAUCGCGAGGACAUUAUUGCCUCUAAAGGCCGUGACAUCCAAAAGCAGCUCGAAUUAUUCGAGUCCACCCAAGCGCAAACUAGUCAGAUAUCGCAAUCGCUGCAAACGACCAUUAACAAGGUUGACGCCAUUUUGGAUAGAUUCAAUCAAUUCAACAACGCCAAAUCGUACAAAAUUGAAGAAUUACUGGGUUAUUGUGACAGGACGAACGGUGAGAUUAAUACAUCAAUCACUUUGAGGAUAAGAAAUAUACAGGAGAAGAAAGAUCAGCUCUCAAACACUAACGAUGAAUGGUUGUUCCAGCUCGUGUACUCAUUCUUGGAGAACUUGAUUGUGUUGGCACUCUGGAUCGUUUGGAUCAUCGUCGAGUUUUGGAGACUCAUCAAGCGCAUCUUUUUAAUUUUGAUGAAACUUUUAAAAUUCAUAUUUCUAUAG